AUGGGUUCGAUUCCAGACAUCAGCCCAGACAUUAGCCCAGACAUUAGCCCAGACAUUAGCCCAAACAUUAGCCCAGACAUUAGCCCAGACAUUAGCCCAAACAUCAGCCCAGACAUCAGCCCAGACAUCAGCCCAGACAUUAGCCCAGACAUUAGCCCAGACAUUAGCCCAAACAUUAGCCCAGACAUCAGCCCAGACAUUAGCCCAGACAUUAGCCCAGACAUUAGCCCAGACAUUAGCCCAGACAUCAGCCCAGACAUUAGCCCAGACAUCAGCCCAGACAUUAGCCCAGACAUUAGCCCAGACAUUAGCCCAGACAUUAGCCCAGACAUCAGCCCAGACAUUAGCCCAGACAUCAGCCCAGACAUUAGCCCAGACAUUAGCCCAGACAUUAGCCCAGACAUUAGCCCAGACAUUAGUCCAGAAUUAACGACCGUACAAAUUAAUAUAAAGAUACUUUAUAAAAAUAAUUUGAAUUUGAUUGCAAUGUUUUGGGUUUAA